GACAGACAUCUUCCGUCGCUCGCGGCCAUCGAUUCGGGAAGGACGAGCGAGGAGGAGGAGGAUGAGCUACAACAACCAUCAGACGCCGGUCGGAGUUCCUCCCUCUCAAGGUUAUCCUCCAGAGGACCACGCCAAGGACGCCCACCCGCCGCCAGGGUACGCUCCCCAGGGAUAUGCGCCGCAGGGAUACCCACCGCCGGGCGGAUACCCACCGCCUGGCGGAUACCCGCCGGCGGGCUAUCCGCCUCCCGGAUACCCGCCGCCGGCUUACCCGCCUCAUGGAUACCCGCCUCCGGGCUACGGUUAUCCGCCGCAGGGCUACCCUCCAGCCUACCCUCAGCCGCCCCCCCAGCAGCAGAGUAACAGCUCUUCCUUCAUGGAUGGAUGCUUGGCGGCACUUUGUUGUUGCUGCCUUCUGGAGGCUUGCUUCUGAGAUGGGAUCAAAAAAGAUCGAUAGGGUGUGAUUCAAUGGCCACAAUGGUGAAUCCCUUAACUGGAUUCCUCCUGGGAAAAAACUGUUAAAUUUGACAUACUGUUUUUCACUUAUUUAUGCCUCUCAUCUUUGUUGUAAAAACACAUGGAAUUAAGUGUUCUUUGUGCUUUUGCUGAUUACAUGUAGAAAUUAAAUGAUCAUCCCUUCUCCAAUAGAAA